AUGACAGAUGAGAGGCUAGCAGCAGCAAUGAUCAGUCGAUGUCGUGAAAGCGCGAUUGACGAGGAUGGUCAGAUCUACUACCGCCUUCCUUUCACCCUCCUUCCCUCAAACCUCAUGCGCCCGGCUCUUCUUCGACUACUGAAGAGGCCGUCAGCUCUCUCGGUUCUCGACUCCCUAAUAUCGAUUCCCACUGGAGUUGAGCAAUUGGACGUUGGAAACAAAUUUAAAUGCCUUCGCUGCUUGUCAAAGGCUUCCAAGCAGGCAAAAAGCGUGCCUGUUGCAGAAUUGCAGCACACGCCUGCCAACGAAUCCUCUUUCGCAUCGACGAAGCGAACGUUCAGCUUCCGGAUCUACGAGAUCCAUUCGCCACACAAGCAGGCGGCAGCUGAAGGUGGAGGAUCUGUUCACCCAUAUGGAGGUGAAGAAACUGCCCUUGAUUCGCGAUGUUUGGGCCUCCAGCCCGAGAGAUUGGAUUACGAGUCGGACAUUGGGCAUACAGAUGACAUCGGAUCCCGGUUGGUAGACGACCCGGUGCAUCGGAACAACUUCGCGCUCUGGGAAGAGCUACUACGUUACCGGCAACGUCAUUAUGGGGAUAAAGGCACGCUGGAUAUCUGGGAGGGCUUGACGGCCCGAGUUGAUGGAGUACAACUCCCCGUGCAUGGAGAAGUGGCAGAUUUCUUCUGGCAAAGCUUUGUGGACGCUGGUCUAAGGCGUGAUGUCAUAUUGAAUGAAGUCGCUGAUUAUGCGCUGGCGCUUUGGGACACAACAGGGAAACGCUGGGAUAAGUUAUAUGAGAGUGUCAUUGGUGGUUUAAUUGACCGGGGCAUGGCACAGCAGGCUGUUGAAUGGCACAAAAAGCUCCAGCAUCCGCAUUUGACGCGCCCCAAUGACAUUCUACAAGUCUUUCGACCAAACCUCACCAUUCAACCGCAAAGCAGAGUCGCUAGUCUGAUGAAAUCUGGACGUCGGGCUACGUCACCGAGCUUAUGGGCAUUCCGGAGCAUCUGUCGCAUGACUCGGGGCCAUCAGAUCUAUGUUCCCAUUAUGUCUACGCUAUUACGCAGUGGUCAUUUCGAUGAUAUGCUUUCAAUGCAUAGGUUCCUUACGCAACGGAAUGACCAUCCGCACUCAUUCGACGACUUUGGGCCAUUACUAGAGAGCACGAAGGAAUGCGGACCAUGGGAGAUCUACCAGGAGCUGCAUAGCUACGCUAGCCAGAGAUUCCCUGACAAACCACAUGAACCCGAGAAAAUCCAUUCCCAUGCCCAGACAGAAACUUCAGAAGAAGCGUCUCAUGAUGAGAGGCCCAUCAAGGAUGGAUUUGGCGCACGAAUUUUUGCCACAGAGGCUCUUAAUUUCGAGACAAUACUUUCUGGCCUAACGAUGUUCAACGUGCCGGCUCUUGGACCACAAUCCCUACGGGAAAUGGCACUUCGAACCCAUGGGAGUCAAGAUUUGCUGGACAAGCUCCGGAAGCUGGACCGAGCAGGCAUCUCCCUAGGAAACUCUGUUUUUACGCGUCUGCUUCGCAAGCUCGCCUCAGAGAACCGGGACAUACUUUUGUCCGAUCUAAUUCGCACUGACCAGCAUCCUGAUGUGCUUGAGGAUACACGUAUACAGGAAAACCUACUUGCAGCUCACUACAUGAGCCAGGACUGGCGUGCCUAUAAUAUGACCUUGGCGAUCUUAAAUGAAAUAGCCGAAGAAGGCCCAGACAUGUCCAACAUCCAUUUCAGGAAACAUAUUGAGGUUGGCGAGUGGGCAUUGGCUUCCAAACUGGUUGAUGAAAUGACCCUGCGCAGGAAAAGGCUGACCGAAAAGAGCAUCGACUUGAUGGUUAACAAAAUCCUGACUCACCGCCAUCGCAGUCUUGGUCCACCCAAGGGACCAACUCAUCCAGGAGUCGUGGAGAUAACUUCCCUCUUCCGCAUAUUACGACGUGUUGUUCCCUUGGGUGCGUCCGUAGCCCCUGGCACCUGGGUCGAGAUGAUCAAGCAAUUCGGCAUGAUGAACUGUUGGGAUGAGCUUCGAACCUGUUGUCUCUGGCUUGCACGCCAUUAUUCGCUCAACUCAAAAACAAACAACGCUUCUCUGGAGAUCAUCUCUCCGUCAACAUCAUUGCAAUCCGUCCACAGCACCCCAGUCCACCGGCAUGGUAAUUCCAUGCUCGCGACCGUAUUCAACAAGCAGAUGCAAGGUGCUCUCGUCUAUUGGGGGUUCCGGAUGCGCGUUUCCACCAAGCGAGACGAUUAUAACCCCUUUGGUGUGGAUGGAGAAAGGCUUGUUCCUUGGGUACGUGGUCUUGUUCUUCUUCGCGACUUAGAGCAGAACGGUGUGCGUCUCUGGGUGAGACGGGUCAGCCGAGCCUGCCGACACCGGCUUGCUGUUCUUUUUGGACGACCCCGACGCUCUAGUCGUCACAUGAAUCGGAUGUUGCGACGGGAGAAUCCAUACAGUGUUGAGCGAGUCGUAGCGGACAUCAACCGUGCUUGGGGACAACCACCCCUGUUCCAGGGUCGGGAAUCUAGGGAUAUUUAUCGGCUGGUGAAUCCGCCCAGCUCGAAGAUGUCUCAGCGCAGGACACGCCGAACCCUCUUGAGGGAAAAGAACCUACGAGGUGCUGCCUUUGUGAGUACCCGGUGAUCAUGUACCAUAUACCACCCUAGAAUAGAACAACAGACUGUAAUGAUAUACCACCUAUCUCGAUGAAUGGGGUGCCCGGAUACCUGAAACUCAGGCCGCCCGCCAAGGGCUUAGGUGAGCCGUGAAGGGACCGGGGCAACGCGGCCGCAACAAACAGCUCAAACACGGGUGGGCUUCGCCACAGGCAUGGCGUGUCCCCGUCAGCGAAAAGCGAGACAGGAGAGGCCAUGUCGACCCUUGUUCCUAAGAAUAGGUGGGCUGGCAACGCGGCCAGACUCCGUCACCCUGAGCCUUGUCUGGACUGGCCCACUGAGGUCUAACUUUCUGAUCGCUGAUGACCCGUAAAGGGUGAUCCAAGCC